AUGGCAGACAGAAGAGCUGAGUCACUGCAUUCCUCCAUAGGGCUCCUGGGCAUUUCCUCAGGAUCACUCUUGCUGGCUGUGCACUUCUACAGUUCGCCCAGAGCAGUCCCUCUGAUCCCCAGCACCACUCUUGGAGUCCUCCUCCUGAUGUUAUCAUCUCUUCUGGCAUAUGCAGCGUUCUGGUGUGGCUAUGGAGUGCUCUUCAUCCUGGAAGGGCAAGGAGCUUUGAAUGCCACUGGUGAUUUCUGCAAUGCCUUGGUUCCUGGCCUGGUCACCUUCACUUUAGCACUGCUGCUUGUUGCAGUGGUGGGAUUCCUUUGCAGAGAGGUCAUCCUAGCUCUGAUUGCUUCUGCUAUCUCUCUUGCCAGUGCUCAUGAAGUUGUCAUGUGUUCCAGCUCAACUUUUGGUUCCUCUGCUGUGGCUUGCAAUUACCUGGUCAUCUGCUUGGUUGGUGGUUAUUUUGCUCUGGGAAGGACCCUCUGUUUGCUAAGCAAAGAGAGAAUUGUCCUUCCUGGCACAGGUCUGGCCAAGAAGAAGAUCCCUGAACAGCUUCAGUCCACCAGUGGCAGCGUGAAUCGUUUUGCAGUCACUGCUCUGAUCCUGAACAUGCUCUCUGCCAGUGUCUUUGGCUGUAGGCUCCUGGGUGUGACUGGCAAACUGUUUACUGGCCAAGUGCCCUGGCUGUGGGCAGCUGGGGUCUACCAGCUUGGCAUCUGCAUUCUGUCAUACCGAGCAAUGGAUGUUCUCAUGGCCACCUUCUUUGGUUUCACUUCCAUCCUGAAGUUUGCUGGAGGCUAUUGCCUUCUGUACCUGAUCUGGCAGCCAGAGGAACCAUCUUUCCCUACUCCAUUCCUGGUGGCUUUCUCCAUCCUCUUUGUUGUCCUGGCUCUUUUCCUCACUCUGAAGAGCCCGGUAGAUGGCCUCUAUUUGCUGUUCUAUGUGGCCUACUGCAUUGCAUUAGCUUGCUGUCCCAAGGGAUUUUUUGAAGGAGGACCCCAGGGUGUGGAUGUGGCCAUCUUUGUGGCCUCAGCCUUGAUGACUCUUGUUCACCUGUCCAACAUGGCCUUGCCAAGUGCCAAGAUGCCAAUGGGGAGGGGAGCUGCGAAGGCUCUGCUUGCUCGCAGCAGGCUGCUGAAGCUGCGUGAAGGAGCAGACCUUCAUGCUCCCUACCUUGGCUAUUCCAAGUAUGCAGAUGCAGAAGUCCUGGGCUAUGCAUGCAGUGUCCUUGCUUCUUUUGCUAUAACAAGGACAGGAGACCCCCAAGCUCCACUUGCUACUGUUGUAAUUCCAUGGGUGGUGGUAGCUGGUGGGAUCCUCAAGCUUCUAGGUGGCUCAGUGGCCUUUGCCCGGGGUAAAACCUUGGAGAGCAGUGCUUUCAUCCUCUAUGCUGUCAUGUGGAUCAUCUGGGGCUUGGCCAGAUAUGCUGGCCUCUAUGGCACUACCAGAAGCUUCCACACAGCUGUAGGCAUCAUUGCCUUCAUGCUCUUCAAUGGCUUCAUUGUCUUCUGCACUCUCUUCUUAAACAUUGCCUGGUUCCUUUACUCCCUCACCUUCUUGCUGAUCUCGGUCAGCUUCUUGCUGGAUGCCAUCCACGCUCUUCCAGCUGGCUAUGACAUUGCUGCUACUCUCAUCUUUGGCCUGGUCAGCUUUUACUGCUUCCUCUCUGCCCUUUUCAACAGCACCUUUGAGGGUUCUUGCUUACCAAUGGGCAGGCCCAUUGUGCAGCUCAGUGGUGUGGGGGGAGGAACCACCAAGUGCCUUCACCUGCCUGCCAGGAAAGCUUCCUCAGUCAAGAGAAUUGCAGAUAUCCUGAGGAGCGGAGGGACGUGUGGCAUCCCCACAGACACUGUCUACGUGCUCGUGGCAGCCUGUCACCGGCCUGAUGCUGUGGAGAAGGCUCACCAGUCCAAGCGCCAGGCUCAGGAUCGUCCCAUGUCAGUUUGGAUCUCUAGCCUGAAGCAGCUGGAACCUGCAAAGCAUUUGUUCACUCCCCUCCUCUGGGACUUCAUGGAGGCUGCCUGGCCAUCUCCUAUUAGCUUGGUAGUUCCCAGAGGUGACUGGGUGGACUUCCUGGGCAUGAGGGACUCUGCUAAAUACGUGGGCACCCCUCAGAGCAUCGCCAUCCGCAUCCCCGACUGCUCUGUCACCACGCACCUCAUCGACAUGGUUGGCCCCAUCGUGGUCACAUCAGCCAACCCAACUGGAGAGGCAGAUACCACACACCACAACCAAGUGUAUGCCAAGCUGGGAGAUAAGGUGGAUGCAGUCCUUUGUGAUGGGCCUUCCCCAGAGAACAUUGCCUCCACCGUGGUGGACUGCACUAAAAUUGACAGUGGAAACAUUGGAUUCUUCAGAGUUGGGAUCAUCCCCAAGGCACAGGUGCUGCAGAUCCUGGAGCAGGUGCAGAAGAAGCACUCCUUGGUUCCUAGCAGUGGUCCUUGCACCACCAAAGACCAGGGAGAACAUCUGAACCACAGCCAAGCCAUGCCUAACGGGGUGGGUUUGGCUGCCUUGGAAGAGACCACCCCAGCUCAGGCCCCUGAUGAUGGGCUGGAGAACUACACUCGGCUCUGACUCUGGUGCAGGUCAAACAAUUCCAUCCUCCCCAGGAAAAUGUUGGAUGGGCAAUGACAAACUGGGGAAUGGGAGAAGAGUCCCAGCUCCAGAGGUGACUUCUUCAUCUUUCUGUGGGUACUGCUAAAACAUCCCAGUGCAGAGCUGGCCUCAGCCAGAGCCACCCAGAGGUAAACUAUUCACUUAUGGACGCUGCCAGCUCGCACUGAGGAUCAGACACGACCAGAGGAGGUGGUGUGUUGGAGACAGAUGUCCCAGAGCUUUGCUCUUCUCACUGAGACUUAAUAACUUUGGGCUGGGCCACAACAUGAGGGUUUCAAUAGUCACACAUUGAGAGGGAAAGCACUGCAAUAAAAUUGAAGUAGGGGAGGGAGAAGGGAGGAUGUACUCAGGUGGAUGCCAUGGAGAAUGUUGAGAGGCCUCAGAACCUUCAGCCUGGAGUUGAUCAGCUGAGUCCAGUGCUGGAGCCCUCAGCACAGCAGAGACAUGGAACAUGGAACUACUAGAGCAGAGACAGAGAAGGCCACAGCUGGAAGCUCUCUGCUGUGAGGCCAGGCUGAGACAGUUGAGGUUGUUCAGCCUGGAGAAGGCUCCAGGGAGACCUUCUGGUGGCCUUGAAGGACUUCAAAGGGCCAGAAGAAAGCUGGGGACAGACUUUUGAUCAGGGCCUGUUGUGACUGGACAAGGGGUGAUGGUUUGAACUCAACAAGGGAGAAAUGUUUGGCAUUGAGGGUGAGAGCCUGGCCCAGGUUGUCCAGAGAGGUGGGAACUGCCCCAUCCCUGGCACCAUUACAGGUCAGGUUGUCUGGAGCUCUGAACAACCUGCUGUAGGUGCAGGUGUCCCUGCUGGCUGCAGGCAUUGGGCUAGAUGAUUUUUAAUAGUCCUUUCCCACCCAAACCAGUCUGGAAUUCCAUGAGCUAUCUUCUGACCUUGCCAAAAUGGAGGCCACAGAACCCAACAUCACCCAGAACUGCCAUGAGCUGAGACACCAUUUCCUCUGUUUCACAGUCAGGGUGGACUUACUCCUAACUGCCACAACAUCUCCUUAGAAGCUGUGGAGCAUUCUGGAGGACCCUCCUUUCCCACAUUCUCUUGUGCAGAGUCUCCAUUGCAGGAGAACCACCUGCACUGCCUUUGAGGGUGCUAGAAGCUGGUCUCUUCCCUGACAGCAUAACCACAUCUCAUGGUACCUUUCCUCCAGGCUGCAGGCGUAGUGCUGAGUAGUAGCUGCUGGCCAGGAGGAGGUGGUAAGAACUUCCACACCAACAUGAGGAGUUGUCCUUGCUGUUAGUGGCUUGUUUGACCUCUGAAAACUGUUGAUCUUAUUGUCACCUGAGUCAGGUGCAAGGUGCUGACCCAGCUUCAGCUGAAACCAGUGAGCUGCUGCCUUGGUUUCACCUGGAGUUCUGCUGAAACAUAAAUGCUGUGCAGUCAAAGGAGCUCAGCCUCUACCACCUAGGGCUGCAACCAGGUCUUCUCAAGCUUACUCUCACAGAGCUGGCUCUCUUCCUGCAGAGAAAGAAAACUCCAGAUCCUUGAGCCUGGGGCAAUGAUUUUUGCUGUCUAUUUACUGUACCUCUUGGGGGUUUUCUUCAAACUGGGUUUUAGAAGGCAAUAAAAUCUUUCCAAUGAGUUG